GACGCUGCUGAGAGGGGGAAGGGAAGCUCCGGGAUAGAAGACUGGUGCGAAAAUCCUUCCGCCUGCUCCAGCUCGCCGGAACCUCCAUACCGCCCACCUGGGACAACCGUCCGCCGUCGCCGAGCAUCGGAACCUUCCCCCUUCGUCCUCUCGAAACCCAAGGUGAGGGAGAUGGGUGAGGAAGAUGACUCGAUCGAGCAAGCCGUUGCCGCGAGGCGAGAGAGGCUGAGGGCUCUCAGAGCUGCUCAGGAGCUGCUCAAUGCCCCCAGCGAGGAUUCUGCUGCUCAAGCUGAUGAUAAGUCGGAUGGCGAGAAUGAGAAUGAUGAGGAUGACGCCCAAGAGGAAAACCCUAGCAUGAAAUUCCGAAACUAUGUUCCUCAUGAUAAGCAACUUCAGGAGGGAAAGGUUGCACCACCUGUUCUACCAAAAUUUGAAGAUCCUGUUGCAACAGAACCUCCUCCAGCUGAAAAGAAGGACCCAUUUAUAAACAUUGCUCCGAAAAAACCUAACUGGGACUUAAGGAGAGAUGUCCAGAAGAAGCUCGAUAAGCUUGAAAGACGCACACAGAAGGCAAUGUAUAAGAUUGUCCAGGAGCAGGAGAAGCAAAAGGAGAAGGCUGAAGAAGAUGGUGAAAAUGGAGCUAGCGAAAAUGAGAUCAAAAUGUUAAGUCCAGAAAGAUCUUAGGGAAGGUGAAACCUCGUUGGCUGUGUAACCUACGAAGAACUGGAUGGGGGGAGCUGAUACUCCUUACUACCCUCUGUUACAUGGGCUGGCUUCUUUCCAUGAAUCAUCUCCUUGCAGGGCCUUUAACAGAAUCGAAUGGGGAACAAGAAAUGAAGGGAAACUUUCCCUUCAUGUUGUCUUUUUAAUUGAUAUUGGAUUUUUGUUGCUAGAUGAUUCUACAUAACGAUUGUGAAUGAUUUGGGAUUUGUUAUAACGCCAAUUGUCCCCUGCACCUAAAGCUGAUAGGCUGAGGGAUGAAA